AUGCGGGUGGAACCCAUGGGCAGCACCAUGUCUCAAGUCGAAGAAUACAUAAAACUGCUGAUCGAUCAAUGGCUACAGGAGAAGCGCGAGUUUAAGGAAAUUGUUAUUUACAUGGAUCGUCACGGAUGGCAUUGGGCGGCGGAAUUAGAGCAGCUACUCGAAAGGUACGAGAGAAUUGACGUCGAGGGAGUGCAUCAACCAUUUUACCGCAUUCAGCGCAGCAAUGGUGAUAUGAUGGCGCUCCAAACCGCCGGGUAUGAGCUGUUAAUGCGAACAUCAUCGUACUAUCUACCUGAUCGAUGCGAUCAAGAAUUAAGGGAAGCGUUGCGCAUCAGCCCGAAC